GGCCACCUGAUCGAUUAUAACCUCCAUCUGUCAGGUGAUUGUAAAUAUUUACAAAACCCGCAGAGAAGUAAAGAAUUGCGUAUAAUUCGUUUUCUCGGAUGAACCGGUAGAAUUGCGGAAAAUCUAGAGAUUCACAGAUGAAGGAAACAUCUCCUCCAGUGUCGGCCAUGGCUACCCCUACUAACGGAAGCGUUAAUUUGGUGGAUGAGUUUGAGGAAACCUUUCAAUAUUGCCUCAACAUUCUCACCAAAGAGGAAGCUGUUUCUGUGGCCGAAAAAGAAGAAAUCAAGGUAGAAGUGGAACAUAACACAUUUCGUUUCAUCGACCUGGCGCGGCAGAUGGAAGCCUUCUUCUUGCAGAAGAGAUUUCUUCUAUCUUCGUUGAAGCCGGAAACCAUAAUCAAGGAAGAUAUAAGCGAACUGCGCUUGGAACUUGCCAGAAAAGAGGAGAUACUGAAGAAGCACGCGGAGAAGAUAGCCGUUUGGCAGAAUCUGCUGAGCGAUCUGAAGAACUACAAUAAAACUUCGACGCAGGGUGCUACAGUACCGAGUGGUAACUCUGGCAAUAUUUCGCCAAUCAAAAUGUCAAACUCGAAGCCCAUUUCCGGUAUGGUAAUGCCCUCUGCGGUUCAGAUGCUUCAACAGCAGGAACAAUUCCAGCAUCAGAUGCAUCAGCAACAGAUGCAGCAGCUGCAGCAGCAACAGUUACAGAUGCAGCAGCAUAUGCAGGUCCCUAUGGGAAUGCAGAGUGGGGUUAGUCAGGGGAUGGUGUCGCCGGAAGUGCUACUCAUGCAGCAAUCGGGGAUGCAGUCCCCACGUCUCCCUUUUUCCCAAGCGGGCCCUGGCAGGGUCAUGCAGGGCCCUCUAGCCUAUUUAGAGAAGACGACGAGUAAUAUAGGUUUGACGGAUGGUCGAAGGUGACGAGGGCGUGGAAGAGGUCGUGGUAGGGGUAGAGGAAGAGGUAGGGGACGCAGUCGUACCACCUUACCGGAUUAUGUCCCUCCCUGAUCUCUUCUGCUGAAUGAAAUCCGAUGUUACCUGAUGUAUAUUAUGUUUUUAUAUUGAUGUCGAUAUAUAUACGCGCUACUAUCUGGUUAAUAAGUUACAUUUCAAUGGUACCACCGGACUGAUUUUUUUAUUAGGAGAAAAAGAAAGCAAUAUUGUGGGCUUGAAAUGUGUCUACGUUCCAGAUAGUAGUGGAUUGUUUAUUUAGUUCCAUUAUAAACAUCUUUAUGAGUAUUGUUGUGUGUUGUAGUUUCUUGAAUAAAGAAUUGCCCGUA